AUGGAAAAACCAAUUGCUUCGUCCCAAAACAGACGCCGGCAAUGCUGGGAAUGCCAUCGCCGCCGACUAGUCUGCGACUUCUCACUCCCCGGGUGCCGCAAAUGCUAUACUGCUGGGGUCGAGUGUCCUGGCUACGACGACAAGAAGCCGCUCAAGUGGGUCACAACGGGUGAGGUGACAUCUCGGCCGCGGAAGAAGACAGUUCAACAGAGUACUGCCAAGCAGCAUGCGUCCGAAGAUAGAAGUGACAGCCAAGACGAGGUUUGGAGUUUGAGCGUCCCCCGCGAUCGACUGGUCACUGAGUCUGGAGCGAUUGUGGAGGCUGCAUAUUAUUUCAAUACCUGCAUUCUACCGGAGUAUACUUGCCUGCUCCGGCUAGCUGAAAACGCGUUCAUUACUGCCUUUCCCAUGGAAAGUCUUCCAGCCAUCCCACCCUCGAUCCACUGCACUCUUGUCUCUCUAGCGCUGAGCCACCGAUUUCACCGACUACUCCCCCGGAACAGCCGUAGCGAUUUGCGGGAGAUUGAAGCCAAGCAUUACCAGCAUCGAGGCCAGGCUAUUCAGUAUCUGAAGGAGGAGAUAGGACGUCCAGACAAGUGUCGUACAGACAAAACGCUUGUUGGGGUGAUGAUGCUGCUAUUGAGUGAUUCCAGGCAAUCUACUUCUCCCAAUUGGCGUCAUCACUUCACUGCAGCUCUGGAGAUGAUCACCCUCCGGGGAGGAGUGGAGAAGGUCCUUCACUCGGCUCCACACCUCAAAGCUUUGUUGCUUAUCGGAAUCAUCAGUAACACGACCAGUCCACCUUCCGACCACAUACCCUUGGGCUCGGAUGUACGGUCGAUCGAGGUGAUCUCCCUAAUGUACGGGGGAGGCUUCUUCCCUGUUCUCCUCUGUCCACCUGCACUUUUAGCAAAUAUUAUCCAGAUCAAUCAUCUCCGACUGCAGGCCUUCUCGCAACCAUCCACCGAGUCCGAAGGAAGAGCUCUGGCCUUGCUAGGCCGGAUCACGGCCUUUUCGCCAGAGCAGUGGGCCAUGUCUUGCGCCGCCCCCGAAAUGGGAAUAAUUCUUGGCCAUGUUUACCGCUCCGCAGUGAUACUGUACUGCAUAUUGUCUCUGCAGAGUCUCUGCGUCCUACCGCGAACGGCACAGCUUAGAUCACUGACUGUAACACACGCAAAAGAGCUCUUCGCGUAUCUGAAGCAGGCCUGCGGGGCACCUGGGAUCGGAAAGUGCAUGCUCUGGCCGCUCAUUGUGGCCGCAGUGUGCGCUCGGGGCGAUCUGGACAUGCAACAGUUUGUCCAUCGACAGCUCUCCGCUUUGGGAACGGACAUCGGGACUCCCUUACCUUUGCUGGCGGCAGUUGUUUUCAGAAAUUUCUGGGAGAGCUGUGAGGCUGUCCGGAUAUAA